UACAUUACAUUAUUUAGAAAAACAUUUACACAUUAUACAAAUAAAUUUAAACGAAAAAAUAUGUAAACAAGCUGUAUACCUACGUCAUAUAACCAAAUCUUUAUCUACUUUUAAGACUAUAUAUUAUGAAUCAUUAGAAACACGGCAAUAGUAACUCGUUAGUACGAUACCAAAAUUCAUUAUGUGUACCAAAAACUUACCGUAUUUUUUAUCUGGAUUGGUGGUUAGAGGUUUUGGCAGAGGUUCUAAAGCUUUAGGAAUACCAACAGAAAAUAGUCUAGGAUCUUCAAAUCUUGAAGAUAAGGUAGUUAGCACUUUGCCUGAUAAUUUUAAUACUGGGGUUUAUUAUGGAUGGGCUUCUGUAGAUGGAAAUGUUCAUAAAAUGGUUGCAAGUGUUGGUUGGAACCCAUUUUAUAAAAACGAAAAAAAGACAGUGGAAGUACAUUUGCUCCAUAAAUUUGAAAAAGAUUUUUAUGGAAGUCAAAUUAAAGUAAUUUUCUUAGGUUACAUACGACCCGAGCAAGAUUUUACUUCCGAAGGAGAAUUAAUUAAGGCAAUAAAAAAUGAUAUUGCCUUUGCUGAACAACAACUCCAGCAGGCAGACUUAAAUGCUUAUAAAAAUGAUAAAUAUUUUACAGAAUAAUAAUAUAUAUAAAUGUUUAUAUUAAAUUGCAUACUCU